AUGGCGCAUCCGUCGGCGGCGUCCAACCACCCCCGCCCCACCUCGCCAACCUCGAUCGCAGCGCACGACUUCGCCUCCGAUACAUCAGAAAGCGGCGGCGACGCCCCCCUGCCCUUCCCGGCUGCCCUGCCGCGGUCCGACUUCCUCGUCCCCGACUUCGACCCUGCCGCGUAUCUUUCCGCGCUGCCGCACCGCCAUCAGACCCUCGAAGACCUCAGAUCCGACCUUCGCGAUCGAAGCAGCACCAUCAGCUCGGAGCUCCUCGAGCUUGUCAACUCCAACUACACGGCGUUCCUGUCGCUUGGAUCGGAGCUCAAGGGCGGCGAUGAGAAGGUCGAGGAUGUCAGGGUUGCGUUGCUGGGAUUCCGACGAGCCGUGGAGGAAAUCAAAGCCAAUGUUGCCAAAAAGAGCGUCGACACCAGGCAGCUGAACGACGAGCUGCGCCAUGUGCGGACGAGCAUCGAACAGGGUCGGAAGAUGCUGGAGUUGAGUGACAGACUGGACGCUCUGGAAGAGAGGUUGACGGUCAAUAGCACGCCAGCCGGGGCUGUCGCCGAAACGGACUGGGAGUCGGACAGUGAUGACGACGAGGGGGGGAACGGACCAGCCGAGGGAUUUCUGGCGAGUUCUCCUUCGAAAUUGCUAAAGUCUGCAGCAGAAUGCGGCGAUGCCGUAAUUCUGCAAUCGUCUCUUGAUCAGCAGCAUCCGUUUGUCAUCAAGAUGCGGGAACGGUUGACAAAGUGCAGGAGCACUCUACUGUUGGACCUGGGUAACGCCCUCAAGGAAGCGAAAGGUGCCGGAGCUAAAGGACACGACAGGCUGCUGAAAUACCUGGAUAUAUAUCGCAUGCUGGACGCUCAAAGGGAAGCCGUCAAGGUUUUGAGAAGCCGCUAG